UACUGACAUCUAGACAAGGUACCGUCGUCAUCGUCAAUUCUCGCGUCGUCGGCACCUCCCUCAGUCAGUUACCUCGUAGACCUUCAAAGACUAGGCGUCCGGACCCGGGGAAGCUUCAUCAUGAACUACAUUCAGCUGGAGAAGCUAGGCGAGGGCACGUAUGCCACUGUGUACAAGGGUCGAUCGCGCAUGUCCAACGAUGUCGUCGCCCUCAAAGAGAUCCACCUUGACGCAGAAGAAGGUACCCCAUCGACGGCAAUUCGCGAGAUCUCGCUCAUGAAGGAGCUCCGGCAUGGAAACAUUGUUCGGCUUCACGAUGUCAUCCACACCGAAUCGCGCCUCCUCCUCGUAUUCGAGUUUAUGGAGCAGGACCUGAAGAAGUACAUGGACAUUCACGGCGAAAAGGGCGCUCUCGACCCCGUCACGGUGCGCAGCUUCAUGUUCCAGCUCCUCAAGGGUACAGCCUUCUGCCACGAGAACAGGGUUCUGCACCGAGAUCUCAAGCCGCAGAACCUCCUCAUCAACAAGCGGGGUGAGCUUAAGCUGGCCGACUUUGGUCUUGCGCGUGCAUUUGGUAUCCCAGUCAAUACCUUUUCGAAUGAGGUCGUCACGCUCUGGUACCGCGCGCCCGACGUGCUUCUUGGCAGUCGCACGUAUAGCACGAGCAUCGACGUCUGGUCGGCGGGAUGCAUCAUGGCCGAGAUGAUCAGCGGUGUACCUCUGUUUAGAGGAAGGGACAACAAUGACCAGCUCAACCAGAUCAUCAGGGUCCUCGGCACGCCUGAUGAAGCGACGAUUCAGCGAUUGAGAAAUGACUCGCCCGAGAUUCAGCCUCGCGAGUUCCCCAAACUCAACAAGGUUCCUUUCCAGUCCAUGUUCCCAAAGGCACAUCCUCUCGCCAUCGAUCUCCUGGAAAAGCUGUUGAAGUUUGACCCUACGCAGAGGAUAAGUGCAGAUGAGGCGCUCAGGCACCCGUAUUUCACUACGAGCGUUGCCAUUCAGGGCGUUGGGAUCCAGCAACAGGCUGCCCAGGCUGCGUCUUUGGCGGCUCAGCAACAACAACAACAGCAGAUGCAGAUGAACAACAUGAUGGCGAGCCAGCAGGCACAACAGCACCAGCAGCAACUCUACAUGCACCAACAGUAGCUGAUGACGACCGCAACGAUGACGAUAUUUUUCUCACUCUCCGUGUAUUACGUUUUUUAAAGGAUGAGCUCCUUCCUCAGGCCUCGUUUCACGCACGCUUCCAAGAAGGAAGGUAUCCAGAUG